GCCCCGCUCCUCGGGGGGCAUCAAAACAAGAGAGUGGCGGCUGGGGCGGGCCUGCGGCCGGCCGACGCCGCGCAGGGGGCGGGCCUGAGCUCGCGGCGCCCGCUAGUUGGCUGACGGGGGCACUUGGGGUUGCGCUGCCUGCGCUUCCGCCCUCGGCCGACUGUGGAGCCGAGGCAUGGAGGCAGGUUAACCCCCGGCGCGAGGCCGAGCAGGGUUGAGAACGGCGGGCUGGAUGCUGCAGGCCCGGCGGGCCCGAGUGCGCCCGCGGCUGAAAUGUUCUUUGCGGAGCCAGAGUCUGGGUGUAUAUGAAUGCAGAUCCUCACCCACUCCCAAAUCCAGGCAUCUCAACUGAGAGGAUCACUUCUCUGUAGGCCAUCACCUCAGGAGCAGUUCUGAUUUCUGCAGCUUGAGGAUUCCCUGGACACCCGCAUUUGUGGUUCAGUAAUGGUUCCCAGCAGUAAAAACACUGAUGAAAUUAACAAAACUGCCUUCCAGAAGAAGUUUCCAGGAAUUUCUGGAAGAUGGCCUCAGAGAAUGUGAAAGGUUUCCUGAGCUUUUGACUUGACUCCGUCCAGUACAUGAUUUAGAACACUCCAAAGUCUGUACUUUAUUUUUGGCUGUGCUUGGUCUCAGUUGCUGCAUGGGCUUUUCUCUAGUUGUGGUGCAGAAUGAGUACAUGUUGUUGGUGUACCCCAGGUGGUACUUCCACCACUGACUUCCUGCAACGCUAUGCAUCCAAGACCCACUCCAGUGAAUUUAAGACAGCUGAUGAAGACCUCUGCUACUGCUUGGAGUGUGUGGCUGAAUACCACAAGGCAAGGGAGGAAUUGCCGUUCUUACAUGAGGUUUUAUGGGAAUUAGAAACCUUACGUCUCAUAAAUCACUUUGAAAGAUCCAUGAAGGCAGAAAUUGGAGAUGAUGAUGAGUUAUAUAUAGUAGACAACAACGGAGAGGCACAGCUGUUCGAUUUCACUGGCCAAGACUUUGAAAACAAGCUUCGAGUUCCUCUUCUUGAAAUACUAAAAUAUCCAUAUCUGCUUUUACAUGAGCAUGUCAAUGAAUUAUGUGUUGAAGCACUUUGCCGGAUGGAACAAGCUAAUUGCUCCUUUCAAGUUUUUGACAAACAUCCAGGGAUCUAUUUAUUUUUGGUUCAUCCCAAUGAAAUGGUUCGGCGUUGGGCUAUCCUGACUGCAAGAAACUUGGGGAAAGUGGAUAGAGAUGAUUACUAUGACUUACAGGAGGUUUUGACUUGCCUUUUUAAAGUUAUUGAGUUGGGACUUUUAGAAAACCCAGACAUUUAUACUUCUUCUGUCCUUGAGAAGGGUAAACUGGUUCUUCUGCCUUCACACAUGUAUGAUACUGCCAACUACAAAAACUAUUGGUUAGGUAUUUGCAUGCUGCUGACCAUUCUUGAGGAGCAAGCCAUGGAUUCACUGUUGUUGGGCCCAGAUAAACAGAAUGAUUUUAUGCAGUCAAUACUUCACACCAUGGAGAGGCAAUCAAAUGAUGAUAGUGUGGAUCCUUUCUGGCCAGCAUUACACUGUUUCAUGGUGAUUCUGGAUCGCCUUGGAUCUAAGGUCUGGGGUCAACUUAUUGAUCCUAUUGAAGCAUUUCAAACCAUUAUUAACAACGUGAGCUACAAUAGAGAGAUCCAGAACAUACGGAACAGCUCUAUGAGGACCAAGUUAGAACCGGAGCCAUAUUUGGAUGAUAUGGUGACUUGCAGCCAGAUUGUAUACAAUUAUAAUCCUGAAAAGACCAAAAAGGAUUCGGGGUGGAGAUCAGCCAUUUGCCCUGAUUAUUGUCCUAACAUGUAUGAAGAAAUGGAAACAUUAGCUAACGUGCUCCAGUCAGACAUUGGUCAGGACAUGCGUGUUCAUAACAGCACAUUUCUGUGGUUCAUCCCUUUUGUGCAGUCCCUCAUGGACCUGAAGGAUCUGGGUGUGGCUUACAUAGUGGAGGUUAUUCACCAUCUGUACUCUGAAGUCAAAGAUGUUCUCAACCAGACAGACGCUGUGUGUGACAAAGUCACUGAGUUUUUCCUUCUGAUUUUGGUGUCCGUGAUUGAACUACAUAGAAAUAAAAAAUGUCUACAUUUGCUGUGGGUUAGUUCCCAGCAGUGGGUGGAGGCUGUGGUGAAGUGUGCCAAGCUUCCGACCACAGCGUUUGCACGGAGUUCCGAGAAGUCAUCUGGAAACUGUUCCAAAGGCACAGCAAUGAUAUCAUCCCUGUCACUGCAUUCAAUGCCCUCCAACUCUGUGCAGCUGGCUUGUGUGCAGCUGAUUAGAAGUCUCCUGAAAGAAGGCUAUCAGCUUGGGCAGCAGACUCUCUGUAAGCGGUUCUGGGAUAAGCUCAACUUAUUCCUGCGAGGGAAUUUAUCUUUAGGUUGGCAGUUGACUAGUCAGGAAACCCAUGAGCUACAAACUUGUUUAAAGCAAAUUAUUAGGAACAUAAAAUUUAAAGUACCUCAGUGUAGCACUUUUGUGGAUCUGAAUCCUGCAUGUAAGACACCUCCUGCAUCUUAUAAAGAAGAAAGUGAACAAAUAGGGAAGAAGUCUGAAAAAGAUGCGCACUGUCUAGAAAAUUCCAGCCCAACAUCUUCUAAAGAACCAAUGAAAGCUGAUGCAUAUCAAGUGCAAGAGAGUAUUUUGAGCAAAGCAAAUAAUGCCAUAGAAGAGAGUAAAGAGCCAUAUUAUAUAAAAGAUUUGAAACUAGAAGGCCACCUCUCAGCUGAGUCAUGUUUGAAGCUGAGUAGUAAAAAUCUUGCCUGUGAAAGAGUUCAAAAUCAAGUUAAAAUAAGUACAGGGAAAUAUAAGUCUGUAAAAGAGAAUUCCUCAUGUACCCCACAGAAUGGUACUUUAAGAAAUGGUCCAGAAAAAGUAUUUGACAGAGGAAUAAUAAUAUCAAGGCGCUUAUUGACUGUUUCUAGCACGGAUUCUCUGGAAAAAGUGUCUGCCUCCAAUGAGGACUUCUCUUUAAAGGAAGAUGGUCUUGGCAAAAGCUCAAAAGCAAAAUCUAAGACACAUAAAGAUGGAGUCUGUGCUAAGUUGUCACAUGUAAUAAAAAAGCAACACAGGAGAAGUAUCAGUUUAGAGGAAAACCUGACUGUAUCUAGCAUUGAGGGUUUCUAUUCAAAGAAAGAUAUAGGAGGUCAGAAAGGAGGUGGAAACAUAUGCAAUCCUUCUUUAGUCCCUAAUGGUAUUCUGGAUGAUAAAAAUGGAGAACAAAAAUCUCAAAGCUGUUUACUGCUGAGAAAGAAAGAAGUAAAGAAAGAAAAGUUAGAUAUUUUCUCUACCCCUGAAAACAGUUGUCAAAUACAGGAAUGUCAUGUUGAUACCAAAGAUUUGGUCUCACUCACAGAAAUGACCAAUACCUUCAUGACGAAAGCAUCUCCCUUUAAAGAGCCUGUGACUGGACAUGAAUCAAGAGAUAUGAAAAUUAGUAGGAGCAUUGAUCAGUUUUCUUCUCAUUUAAGAGAACAGGACUUUAGCAGCAGUCCCCAGCCUGACACCUUAACAGAUUCUCAGGUAGACAGAGACCUCCACAAAUUAUCUUUAAUAGCUCAAGCCAGUGUUACUAAGUUCCCAUCAGAUUCAACUGAAAAAAGUUUAUCCCAGAUACAAAGAAAAGUAAAAGAUGAGAAAAGAUGUUUCACAGCAAACCAAAAUAUCAGGGAAACCUGCUGUGAACAGGUUAUUAUUAUUUCAGAUUCCGAUGACGAUGAAGAUGAAAGAAUUCUGGGUUUGAAGAAACAAAUGAAAGAGAUAAAAGCAUGCAUUGAGAAAGAAUGUCCAGAGCAACAUACUUCAAUAGCUAACACAAAUGUGGAACAGAAGGUAUUAAUAAAGGAAGAAAAUCCAGCGUCCCUUUUGGAGUUUGAGGAAUCUGAUUCUCAGUUUUUUGAGUUUGAGACUCCAUGUGAAGUGUUUUCAGUUUGGCAUGAUCAGAAACCAGACAAGAAUUCAGCUCAAGAGAAUGAAAAAAAUCCAUGCUCAACUUAUGUGAGUGAUAGUACAAAUGAUUUGGGUUAUGAGACAGAUUAUGUACCUGAAGAGGUCAUUAAAAAAGUAGCAGAGAACUUUGAAGAGCGUACAAAACCACGUAGUAGUAGUACUUCUGUUGAGGAAUUUUGUGAAAUUGAAGUAAAACCCAAGAGAAGACGAUAUGAAAAACCUAUAGCUGAAGAUCCUCUAAGGCCUUCUUCAUCUUCUGUCAAAAACGAGGACCAGUCUGAUAUUCUUAACAAGGGAAAUGUGAGUAAAAAUGAUUUUAAAGGUGUAGAUGCAAGAUCUACAGUUCCCAGUUCAAGUGUUCAGAGAAACGCUGUGGUUUCCCCAAAGAAGUCUCUUCCAAAGCCUCGCAUGUAUUCCAAACCUGUCAGGAAAGUUCCAGUGGUUAAAGCUUCUAAGAAAUCCCAUUCAGAUACCAAGAAAGGGCAGAGUAAAAGCUCCCAUUACAUAAGCUGUAGAACAACUCCUGCUAUUGUUCCGCCAAAGAAAUUCCGCCAGUGUCCCGAACCAACUUCAGUGGUUGAGAAACUUGGCCUGAAAAAGGCUCCUCGUAGGGCAUUUGAAUUGUCCCAGGGAUCUUCAGAGUGUUUAAGUCGGCUGCGUGACCAUGGCAGAACUGUUGGAGUAGUGGAUACCCGGAAAAAGACGAAGUUAAUUUCUCCUCGGACUCUAUCUGUCAGAAAUAAUAAGAAACUGCUGACGAGUCAAGACCUUCAGUUUCAAAGGCAGAUGAGAUCCAAAUCACAGCAAAACAGACAAAAACGUUUUGAUUGUCGAAGUACAGAUAAGACACGAGCAGGGCCACGUGCUGCACAGAGCUCUGCUGUGCCAGAAUCAAAUAAGUCAGAUUACAGUCAUGGAGGAGCCGAGGUGACUGCUAACAAUAAGGGAAAACAGUUACUAACAUGUCAGUCUUCUGAAACAGAACCCAUGAAAGCAGGAAAACAGUUACUAACAUGUCAGUCUUCUGAAACAGAACCUGUGAAAGUAAACCAGUGUAAUCCUGUCAUGGUAAAUGGAAGAAUAGCAACAAAUGAAGUUAUUGUUCCUACCUCAGAGGAUCUAUUAGACAGAGGUGACCUAACAGUUCAUCAUUUAGAGUUGGCAACUUUGAAAGAGGAAGAGCCUGAAUUCAGCAGUGACAUAGAGGAAGAUGAUAUAUUCUUAACACAGCGUGACCCUGAAGACAUGGAUUUAUGUUCACAAAUCGAGAGAGAGAAUGAUAAACUCAUUGAAGUCAUUCAUGGAAAAGAUACAGUGCAGGGAGAGGAAGAGUGUGUGAGUCAGCCUCAGUUGGAAUCUUUAAGUAGCACAAAAUGUAAGUACAAAGAUUGUGUUGAAACUCUGAAAAACCUGGGUGAGUACUGCUCAAAACACUCAAAAACUAACGCCACAGAUGAAGAUGUAUUUCGUAAACCUGGCUUGCCUCUGUCUGCAUCAAAACGUUCGAGACCUUCCACGACCAAGGUUUUUAGUUCAAGCAGUACUUCACGGAUUGCUGGUCUCUCCAAGUCUUUGGAAAGUACCGCAGCCCUCCCAUCAUCUCUGAAAAAUAAGUCAAGUGGGGCACAGUCUGUUCUGAAAGGACCACAGCCACCCCUGAAGCCAGUGGCUGAAGUGAAAGGUCUAUGCAAUGUUUUCCCUGCUCAGACUCCAAAUAACUCCAACAGGCAAGUUUUGAAAGUUCCAUUUGGGGAAAGCAGACCUUUUUUGACUUCCUCUCCAGUAAACAUUCUCACGUCGUCACAGUCCAUCUCUGAUACUUUUGUAAAAGAGGUCUUGAAAUGGAGAUACGAGAUGUUUGUGAACUUUGAUCAGUGUGGGCCCCCGUCGAGUCUGUGUCAGUGCAUCGCAAGACGGGUGCCUAUCAAGUUUCAAGACUGUGGAGAUUAUUUUAAUGUGUUUUUCCCUUUGAUGGUACUGAAUACUUUUGAAACAGUGGCACAGGAAUGGAUCAGUUCUCCAAACAAAGAGAAAUUCUAUCAGUUGCAUUUACGAAAAUUUCCUGAUGAUUAUAAAAAAUACUGGGAGUUUGUGGUUUAUCUUGAGGAAUGUGAGCUAGCUAAACAGCUUCAUCCAAGGGAAAAUGAUUUGGUGUUUUUGGUUCCUGAAAGACUCAAUGAGGAGAAGAAAGAUUUGGAGUGGAGUCACCUGGAAGAUGCCUGUGAAUAUUAUUGUGGCUAUGUUCAUAAAUUCCGCCGCACUUCAGUCAUGCAUAAUGGGAAAUUUGAGUGUUCGGUUUCCAUCCAGACUCAAGAUAAUUUACCAGUCAAUUUAAAUGAACUCGUGAAAUGCUUUGUAAUCAGCUCUCUGGUGACUACACAAAGGAAGUUGAAAGCCAUGUCUUUGCUGAGUGGUCGGAACCAACUGGCCAGAGCCAUUCUGAAUCCAAACCCCAUGGACUUCUGUACAAAAGAUUUACUAACUGCAACAUCUGAGAGAAUUGUUGCCUACUUAAAAGAUUUCAAUGACGACCAGAAGAAAGCGAUAGAAACUGCAUGUGCCAUGGUGAAACACUCCCCAUCAGUUGCCAAGAUCUGUCUGAUUCAUGGACCACCUGGAACAGGAAAAUCAAAAACCAUUGUUGGCAUCCUAUACCGCCUGCUGACAGAGAACCAAAGGAGGGGGUGUUCAGAUGAAAACUCCAACGCCAAAAUCAAGCAAAACCGUGUCCUCGUAUGUGCACCUUCCAAUGCAGCUGUUGAUGAACUUAUGAAAAAAAUUAUCAUUGAAUUCAAAGAAAAGUGUAAAGACAAGAAGAAUCCUAUGGGAAACUGUGGAGAUAUAAAUUUAGUACGUCUAGGUCCAGAAAAGUCUAUUAAUAAUGAGGUCCUAAGAUUCAGUUUGGACAGUCAAGUUAACCACAGAAUGAAAAAAGACUUACCGUCUCAUGUUCAGGAGAUGCACAAAAGAAAGGAAUUUCUUGAUCGUCAACUUGAUGAACUUUCCCGCCAGCGUGCUUUAUGCCGAGGUGGAAGGGAAUCGCAGUCUUAUUUUUUCCAGAGGCAAGAAUUAGAUGGAAAAAUUGCCAGAGUUUCAAAAGAAAGGCAGGAGCUUGCUUCUAAAAUUAAAGAGGUUCAAGGACGCCCACAGAAGACACAGAGCAUCAUCAUCUUAGAGUCACACAUCAUUUGCUGCACGCUGAGCACGAGUGGUGGCUUGCUGCUCGAGACUGCUUUCCGUGGGCAAGGGGGCGUCCCCUUCAGCUGUGUCAUCGUUGAUGAGGCUGGACAGUCCUGUGAAGUUGAAACUCUUACUCCGCUCAUCCAUCGUUGCAACAAGCUUGUCCUCGUAGGAGACCCUAAGCAGCUCCCUCCCACAGUCAUUUCCGUGAAGGCACAGGACUACGGCUAUGACCAGUCGAUGAUGGCCCGCUUCCACAAGUUCCUGGAGGAGAGUGUGGAGCACAACAUGAUUGGCAGGCUGCCCGUCUUACAGCUCACCAUCCAGUACAGGAUGCACCCGGACAUAUGCCUCUUUCCUUCUAGUUAUAUUUAUGAUGGAAUCUUGAGAACAAAUAGAGGGACAGAGACCAGUCGGUGCUCAUCUGACUGGCCAUUUCAACCCUACCUCGUGUUUGACGUUGGAGAUGGCUUAGAAAGACGGGAUAAUGACUCAUAUGUAAAUGUUCAAGAGAUAAAACUGGUAAUGGAACUAAUUAAACUUAUUAAAGACAAAAGAAGGGACAUUACUUUCCGAAACAUUGGCAUAAUAACCCAUUACAAGGCUCAGAAGACACUGAUUCAGAAGGAUUUGGACAAAGAGUUUGAUAGAAAAGGGGCAGCAGAAGUCGAUACCGUGGAUGCCUUCCAGGGGCGUCAGAAAGACUGUGUUAUUGUUACAUGCGUCAGAGCAAAUGCCACACAAGGCUCAAUUGGAUUUCUGGCAAGUUUGCAGAGAUUGAAUGUCACCAUCACACGAGCCAAGUACAGCCUCUUCAUCCUCGGACACUUGAGAACCCUAGUGGAAAAUAGGCAUUGGUAUCACCUGAUUCAAGAUGCACAGAAACGUGGUGCCAUUAUUAAGACUUGUGACAAGAACUACAGACACGAUGCAAUGAAGAUCCUGAAGCUCAAACCAUUGCUUCAGAGGAGCCUUACUCAUCCUCCUGCUGUCACUCCAGAGGCAUCCAGACCCCAGGGUGGCCUACCCAGCAGCAAGCAAGAUGGUGAACUCAGCAAGACAUCUUUUGCUUCUUCCAUAUACCACUCACCCUCUGACUCCAAAGAAGCCACAGUCACUGAGGCUGCAAAGGAUCCUGAAAGGCCACCCAAUCAGGACUGGCUUCGGGACCCAAGACUGCUGCGGAGGAUGGGCUUGGCCUUGGAUGCCCAAGGAAUAAGCCUCAGGGAGCUGCAGCCCUUGAGCCCCCAGCAUUCCGGAGCAGCGCCUCCUUCGGGCGUGCCAGGUUGCCCUGGGAGUCCCCAGGAGCCAGGCACCGUCAGGCAGCAGGGAGUCACCCUGAACAGCCACAUGCCUCGUAUGCCGUGUGACUCUCCAGCUGCCAGUACUGACACUUCCACAAGCGCAAAGAAGUGUGAGCAGGAAGAGGGGGCGCUCGGCCACAGGAGAGAGGCCAGGUCCUUGAGUGCAGGGGAUCAGGCGUGGUGGGCGAGCUCCCACACAAAGAGGAACUCAGACUGGGAUGAGAGGGUCCUGGAGGAGGACAGCUGCUCCAAGAAGAGACGGGUUUUAUAGUACGGCCGAACAGCAGAGGCUGUCAGCCAUGACCAUUGCUGCAGACCUCUGAUGACUGACUAACAGGCUUGUCCAGAUAAGACUGCUUUUUUCCUUAUAGGAGUUUGUUGUUGGAAAACAAAAUGUAUUAUAACACAUGGGCCUCUUGGUCCUUUCUGUCAGUUGCAGAAGCUUUCAGAGGACAUUAGUGUGUCAGUAAUUAUGUCUUUGAAGUAGGAGGCUUGCAGUGUUGAUCUCUCGUUCUUGUAGAAAAGGAGGUCAGCCUGGAGAGGUUGUAGAAGUUGGAAUGUAUAUUUGUAUAGCAAAUAACAAAAUCCUUUUAAAAUUUAA